AGCGACGAUUAUGGCCAUUGGGUAAACAUUAAAUAUGGUUCUGUCGAACCGUAUAUUUUUUUUGACAAUUUCUAAUGCCCAGCCCAGCUCAGCUCAGCGAGCAAGCUUUCCUGAGUCAUUCAUUCAAUAUCAAUCAGGCUGCAUAUCUACCAUCUCGUACCUAUUUCUUCAACUCAGCAACCUUUCUACCAAUGCAAGAAAAAAAUUGGGAUUCACAAAUCACACUCACAUGAAUGCAAUGCCAUCUCUGUUGUAAUUUUCUAUUUAGUGUUGUGGAUGAACUUCAUUUAAUUAAAGCUUUUUAUUGUUUCUUUAAAUAAUUUGUUUUACUUUGUUGUAAUAAGCUCUAAAACAGAUU